AUGGUGCCAAACGGUUGCAAAUGCUCCCCUGAGAGGUUUGGCGGUCGAAACAGAAGGCUAUUUAUCACAGGAAAAGAAAUCAGCCCUCGACACCUUAACCGGCAGAAAAGAUUUUUUGAAAAAAUCCCUAAGCCCCGGGGUCACAAUUUCAUCAAAAAUCUGACUUUCGGCAAUUCACUCAGAAAUGGUGCCAAACGGUUGCAAAUGCCCCCUGAGAGGUUUGGCGGUCGAAACAGAAGGCUAUUUAUCACAGGAAAAGAAAUCAGCCCUCGACAACUUAACCGGCAGAAAAGAUUUUUUUGA